AUGCCUCGUACGAGCCCGCAAGCACAUCUCUGCCACGCUUCACCCUCCUUAUCUCACGGUGUAUCGUGUCCUCCCGUGCAGAGCUCCACACAGGAGAUCGGAGAAGAGCUGGAGGAUGGUGUGAUCUACAGCAUAUCGCUCCGCAAAGUGCAGCUCCAUCACACGGCCAACAAAGGGCAGCGAUGGCUGGGGUUUGAGAAUGAGUCGGCCUUAAACCUCUACGAGACGUGUAAGGUACGGACAAUAAAAGCUGGGACCUUGGAGAAGCUGGUGGAGUACCUGGUCUCAGCCUUCAAGGGCAAUGACUCCACCUACGUCACCAUCUUCCUGUGCACUUACCGGGCCUUCGCCACCACCAAGCAAGUGCUGGACCUGCUGCUUAACAGGUACGGCAAACUCCACGUGCAGGCAAAUGGGGACCACGCCAGGCACGUUGUGGACGAGAGGAUGGAGCUGAAGAACACCAUCUCCUCCAUCCUGGGUGCCUGGCUGGACCAGUACUCCGAGGACUUCCGCAAGCCCCCGGACUUCGCCUGCCUGAAGCAGCUCAUCUCCUACGUGCGCCACAACAUCCCCGGCUCGGACCUGGAGCGCCGAGCCCGCAUCCUGCUGGCCCAGUUCCAACAGCAAGAGCAGAGCGAGUCCGAGGCAGAGGCUGUGGACCACGGCGGCUGCACCUUCCAGCUGGUGGAGGAGAACGGGGUCGGGGACGGAAAGCCGGAUUUCCUCUCCUUCUCCCCAGAGAUGGUGGCAGAACAGUUCACGCUGAUGGAUGCUGAGCUGUUCAAGAAAGUGGUGCCUUACCACUGCCUGGGCUGCAUUUGGUCCCAGCGAGACAAGAAGGGCAAAGAGCACCUGGCACCCACCAUCCGUGCCACGGUCUCGCAGUUCAACAGCGUGGCCAACUGCGUCAUCGCCACGUGUCUUGGAGACCGGUCCCUGAAGCCGCAGCAGAGGGCUAAAGUGGUGGAGCGGUGGAUUGAAGUGGCUCGGUUAGGACAGCUCGAGUGCCGCAUCCUGAAGAACUUUUCCUCCCUCCGAGCCAUCCUCUCGGCGCUGCAGUGCAAUGCUGUUCACCGGCUGAAGAAGACCUGGGACGAGGUCCUACGGGAAAGCUUCCGCACUUUCCACGAGCUCUCCGAGAUCUUCUCCGAUGAGAACAACCACUCUCUGAGCCGGGAGCUUCUCAUCAAGGAGGGCACGUCCAAAUUCGCCACCUUGGAGAUCAACCCGAAGAGGGCUCAGAAGCGGCAGCAGCAGCAGCGAGAGAUGGGCGUGAUGCAGGGCACCAUUCCCUACCUUGGCACCUUCCUCACAGACCUGGUGAUGCUUGACACCGCCAUGAAGGAUUUCCUGGACGGUGGGCUCAUCAACUUUGAGAAGAGAAGGAAGGAGUUUGAAGUCAUCGCCCAGAUCAAGCUGCUUCAGUCUGCCUGCAACAACUACAGCUUCACGCAGGAGGACCAGUUCGUGGACUGGUUCCACAGCCUGGAGCGGCUCAGCGAGGCCGAGAGCUAUGGGCUGUCGUGUGAGAUCGAGCCCCUAUCGGAGUCAGCCAGCAACACGUUGAAGGCGAAGAAAAACACGGGCAUCAUCAAGCGAUGGAGCGACCUGCCCCUCUACAACCAGCAGGUCGACGACUGCUGCAUCAUCCGCGUCAGCCUGGCUGUGGACAACGGCAACAUGUACAAGAGCAUCCUGGUGACGAGCCAGGAUAAGACCCCGGUCGUUAUUCGCAAGGCCAUGGCCAAACACAACUUGGACGGAGACCGGCCUGAAGACUACGAGCUUGUUCAGAUCAUCUCAGAGGAGAGAGAGCUGAAGAUCCCCGACAACGCCAAUGUCUUCUACGCCAUGAACUCUGCCGCCAACUACGACUUCAUGCUGAAGAAGCGGGGCUUCUCCAAGGGAGUGAAGAUCAAGCACGGCUCCAGCUCCACCCUGCCCAGGAUGAAGCAGAAAGGCCUGAAGAUCGCCAAAGGCAUCUUCUAG